GAACGGCUGGGCUCGGGCUGGGCUCGGGCAGGAGGGCCUCCGCCGCGCCGCACGCUCCGCGCCCCCGCCCCGCGGCCCGCGCGCUCUGGGGUGGGGCCGGGCCCGCGCCCGGACCGGGAGGGCGCCGACCCCCGCCGCGCUGCAGGUUCACGAACGGUGUUUUGAACGGGGUGUUUCAUGCCGAGAACCAAGAGCCGGCUUGCUAAGUUACUGUCCCAGUGGCUCGGGAUCACCCCAAGGCUCUGGGCAGCUGUGGGUGCGACCAAGUCCAGCCCAAGCGGGGUUCACUGGGACACCAUUUUCAAGAAGUUUCCCUGCAGGUGUAAUACUCCACGCCUGCAAAGAUGCUGAAACAGAUACUGUCAGAGAUGUACAUCGAUCCUGAUCUGCUGGCAGAGCUCAGCGAAGAGCAGAAGCAGAUCCUGUUCUUCAAGAUGAGGGAGGAACAGAUCCGCCGAUGGAAAGAAAGAGAAGCAGCAAUGGAAAAACAGGAGAGCUUGCCAGAGAAAUCCAGACCCAAGAAAGAGAACGGCAAGUCUGUCCGCUGGAAACUGGGAGCUGAUAAGGAAGUCUGGGUCUGGGUGAUGGGAGAACACCACCUAGACAAGCCCUACGAUGUGCUCUGUAAUGAAAUCAUUGCCAAGAGGGCUCAGCUGAAAGCAGAGGAGGAAGCGGAAGAGCCGAGAAAACCUCAGUGCAGAGACUUCACCAGUAGCGUGCAGACACAAUCACAGCACCCUGACCGGCGAGUGGCAGGUGCCCGGGACCCGCAGCGCGUCGGGGAGGAAGCCUCCGCAGGGGCGGCGCCGAGGCCGGGCUCUGGACCGGACCGGCCCCCCGGGCCGGAGGAGACCCCGUCACCCUCCAGUUCCUCAAGAAAUAUUCAACGAAUGUUGGCAGAUUCUAUCAAUCGUAUGAAGGCAUAUGGAUUUCACCAGAAGAAAGAAUCCAUAAAGAAAACACAAGAUGAAGAAAUAAAACAAAUAGAUGAGGAAAGAACCAAGCAGAUUUAUAAGAGCUGGAAAGAAGAUUCGGAGUGGCAGGCGUCUUUGCGAAAAUCCAAAGCAGCAGAUGAGAAGAGGCGCUCCUUGGCCAAACAAGCACGGGAGGACUACAAGAGGUUGUCCUUAGCAGCCCAAAAGGGAAGAAGCAACGAGGGACCACAAGGCUCCCCAGAUGUUCCACAGAAACCCAAAAGGCCCCCCCUUCCACCCAAACCUCAGUUCCUAAACCCAGUGGGAUACCUUCGAACGCCUGUUAGAAACCCAGGCGUGACAAGGACGGCAUCCAGCUCUGCCCAGGAGGACAUUGUGCGGUGGUUUAAAGAGCAGCAGAUGCCACUGCGGGCGGGCUUCGAGCAAAGCUCGGACAGCAUAGCACCCUGGUUCCAUGGCAUUCUCACGCUAAAGAGAGCCAACGAGCUUCUGAGCACCUGCGCGCCGGGCAGCUUUCUGAUCCGCGUCAGCGAAAGGAUCAAAGGCUACGCCCUGUCCUACCUGUCCGAGGACGGCUGCAAGCAUUUCCUCAUAGACGCCUCUGGGGACUCCUACAGCUUCCUGGGGGUGGACCGACUGCAGCACGCCUCGCUGGCCGCGCUGGUGGAAUACCAUAAGGAGGAGCCCCUCACUUCCCUGGGGCAGGAGCGCCUUCUGUACCCCUGCGGUCAGCGGGACCAGCCGCCCGACUACGUGGAGCUGUUUGGGUGACGGCCCCCAGCGUGUCCCGCGGCCUCCAGCUGGGCUUUCCUCCGGACAAAUACUGCUGAAACGGACAUCUAUGCGUGAGGCCAAAGUCCCCCUGCAGCGAGCCAGUACCCAUCAACCCAAGCAUCUCAGAGCCCCCUGGAAAUCCCUGCGCCAACGUUGGGCUUCAGUGUUAAAAGUACCUCUGCAUCAUGCGUUCCCAAAGAAAAGGGAGAAGACCCCCAAUUUCAGCAGCUAUCUAAGCUGAAGGAUGUACCCUUAAUGACGUAUGUUAGAUAAAAACAACAGAGAAACUGAAGCCCGUUAGGGAUGGAGUACUUCAAGAACCGUAGCUGUGUGAGCUCCUUCCUGACCUCCACGCGCUGUCUUUGCAUCAUCUCAAAAAGUCUCGGGUCCUGUUUGCACGAAGUACCAUGCUGGCCUCGGGAGGCUGGCAAGGAAGCCUUUCCUAGAGGCUGGGGUGACUCGGCAGACGCAGUGCCCCUGGGGGGCGGGUGGGAGCCAGGAUGGAAGGCACACAGGGAAACCCAAGCUGGUAAUGCACACUGAAUGAGUUGUUUUAAAAUGUAGGAUUUUAACAAGAGAGGCUCAACUCGUUGGGGGGAAAACAAACCACCGCUGCGCACUGUGGCUGGCGGGUGAGUGUGCGUCCCGGGCGCUUCCUCACCGAGAACCGGGCCGGCCCUCACCCCGUGCGCCUCAGCCUCUGUGGGCGACCCCGGACGGGGACGUGCACGCCGGCGGAGGCGCCACUUACCAGUGGAACAGUCGCGGGCCCGCGCGCCGUUCGGGUGCUGCUUGAGGGGGGCUGUGUCCCCAAAAAGAGAUGCUGACGUGCAGCCCCGUGCCCGUGCCCUGCUGCAGGCCCGGGGUCUCUGCUGGCGCGUCAGGGUCAGAGGCGGUCCCACCGCGGGAGGCGGGCCGGAAUCCGCGCCGGCGGCCGGGGGAGGAAAGGGGGGCUCAGACAGAGGCGCUCGACGGGGCGGCUGCAGGCCGCGGCUCCCCGGGGCCUGGGACGGAGGCUCCUCCCGGCACCCUGAUUUCAGACUUCCAGCGCCCAGAAGUGAGAAAGGGGCGCGUCUCGUCCGACGCCACGGGGCCCCGUGGCCGACUGUCAGGGCGGCCUGGGGGACGAAGACGGAAGUUUGUGUCGUUUCGGGGCCUGCCGCGGGUCGCGCCCCGUUUGUUGCUGUGCAGCCUGCGCGCCUCACGAUGCAGCAGGCGCAGGCGUGGCGGCGGCGCCCGCCUGGCCCUGCAGGCGCGCACAGCCGCGGGAGUCCAGCCCCAGCCCGGCGUCAGCACAAGAACGACACAGAGGGCUGCGCAGCUGCUUGGGGAAAAUACCAGUUGACAAUGUAAAACAACCAGAGAAGAGGGCAGGGCGGUUGGGGCUGGGGUGUGCCUGUGCUCCACUGAAAGGGCUUUUAAACAGACCAUUGUUAGGAGUCUCUUGAAAUUUCCAUGUGGUUUCCACUGUCUGAGAGACGACUCUUAGCUUUUGUUCCUAAGUGUGAUUCCAACAGCCAUGACAUUACAGAGAGCACAGCGCUGGGCGUCGGAGACUUCUACUUCAUCCCUAUCUCUGCCCAUCCCUGCUCUGCGAUUCGGACAGGUUCCUUUACCUCUCUGAACCUCAGGUUUCAUUUCUAAUUUUAAAAAAGGCAUCUUUUGUAUUGAUAUAUAAUUGACAUUUAACACAAUUAGUUUCAGGUGUACAACAUAAUGAUUCAGUAUUUGUAUAUGCUGCAAGAAUGAUCAGUACAAUGAGUCUAGUUACCAUCCGUCACCAUACAAAGUUACAAAAAAAAUUUUUCUUAUGAGAUUAAGAUUUACUCUCAGCAACUUUCAAAUACGUAAUACAGUGUUACUGACUAUAGUCACCAUGCUAUAUAUACAUCUGCAUGACUCAUUUAUUUCGUAACUGGACAUUUGUACCUCUUGAUCCCCUUCACCCGAUCCACCCACCCCAGAAAUCCCUUCCCCUUUGGUGCCCACCUGUCUGUUCUCUGUAUUCAUGAGUUUUGUUGAUUUGUUUUUAUGUACCACAUAUAUGUGAAGUCCUAUGGUAUUUGUCUUUCUCUGUCCAGCUUAUUUUGUUUAGCGUGAUACCCUUUAGGUCCUUCUAUCUUGUCACAAAUGGCAAGAUUUCAUUCAAUGGUUGAGUAGUGUCCAUUGCAUAUAUCUUCUUUAUCCAUUCUUUGCCCACAUCUUCUUUAUCCACUCAUCUAAUGGCUUAAAUAAUUCAGAAAUGAGUUAAAACAAAAUGAGGUGGAAAAGGCCUGAAUUCUCAUCCUAGCUCUGCUCUCACACUCCUGACACUAGUUAGACACUUCCACUGACAGACAUUUCCAUUGCUUCCAUAUCUUGGCUAUUGUAAAUAAUGCUUCAAUGAAUGGGGGGUGCAGAUAUCUUUUUGAAUUAGUGUUUUGUUUUCUUCAGAUAAAUACCCAGAAGUAAAAUUGCUAUCGUAUGAUAGUUCUAUUUUUAAUUUUAAGAAGGUAUUUGAACUAGGUGAUCUUUAUUAUUUUCAUCAAGCCCUGAAAUCAAGGUUCUGGAAUAAACAGAAAAGUACACUCUUGUCACUAAUCAUAAUGAAGACAUAAGGUCCCAGCAUCACCCUCUGCCUAAAAUAACCUUGGAGGAAAUAGAAUCACAUCCACAUAUAACUACACUAAGUGACAUCCUACUGGAGGAACAUUUAGAAAACAGGAAAUAACCUGACCUAUUUAACUUGUAUUAUAAGGGGAGCAGACUGGAGUUCUGUGCUGUUUUAUCCUGUUGGCUGUUGCUAUUCAGAGGAAUAAACUGUCCAGUGUUUGAUGACAUGA